UACUUGUUUAACUUAUCUUCCAAUCUUGUAAUUUAAAAGGCAAGAUCCUGCGUUGUUCGUGUAGUGGAAAACAAAAGGCAUAGUCAUAGUGAUAAGAAAAAUGGAUCAAAACGGAAGGGAAGAGAAAGUAGAGAAUGGUUUAGAUAUGGAAAUUGCAGAUGGUGAUAACAACAAAUACAAGAAACUAGAAGGAGAGGAAGAAGGAGAGGAAUCAGUGGAGAGAAUAUUCGCAAAACAGGGAGUGCCAUCAUGGAGAAAUCAGCUGACAAGGAGGGCCUUUGGGGUGAGCUUUAUACUGAGCGUAUUGUUCAGCUUCAUAGUGAUGAAGCUGAACCUCACAGCAGGAAUUAUUCCUUCACUUAAUGUCUCUGCUGGCCUCUUGGGGUUUUUCUUUGUGAAGACAUGGACAAGGUUCCUGGAAAGUUGUGGCCUCUUGAAGCAACCAUUUACCAGACAAGAGAACACUGUCAUCCAGACAUGUGUUGUGGCCUCCUCUGGCAUCGCCUUUAGCGGAGGAUUUGGAAGUUACCUGUUCGGAAUGAGUGGACGCAUUGCCCAGGAAUCAGCUGAUCAACCUAGCGCGAAAGAUAUCAAAGAUCCAGCUUUGGGAUGGAUUAUUGGUUUUCUCUUUGUUGUUAGCUUUCUCGGUCUCUUCUCGGUGGUGCCUUUACGGAAGAUAAUGGUCAUAGACUUCAAAUUAAUAUAUCCAAGUGGAACUGCUACUGCUCAUCUUAUCAAUAGCUUCCACACCCCUGAAGGAGCCAAGCUAGCUAAGAAACAAGUAAGAGCUCUCGGAAAGUUCUUCUCCUUCAGCUUUUUAUGGGGUUUCUUCCAGUGGUUUUUCAAGGCUGAAGACAACUGUGGAUUUGCUAACUUCCCUACAUUUGGACUCAAAGCAUAUGACAACAUGUUUUUCUUCGAUUUCUCAGCAACAUAUGUCGGAGUAGGAAUGAUUUGUCCAUACAUUAUUAAUGCAUCUGUCUUGCUUGGAGGCAUUCUUUCAUGGGGUCUAAUGUGGCCUCUGAUAGAAACUAGAAAGAAUGAUUGGUAUUCUGCAGAACUUAGCCCUAAGAGUUUACGUGGUCUUCAAGGUUACAAGGUAUUUAUAUCCAUUUCCAUGAUCCUAGGGGAUGGUCUGUACAACUUCUGCAAGGUACUAACCCGAACCCUCAUUGGCUUGUAUAUUCAACUCCAAGGCAAAGACCCCAAAAUGGCUCUUCCAGUUGAUGGAAGUGCCCCUCCCAAUACCUUGACGGCCUCCUACGAUGACCAGCGUCGCACCCAACUAUUUCUAAAAGAUCAAAUCCCAGCAUGGUUUGCUGUUGCAGGUUACGUUGUUAUUGCUGCCGUCUCUACAGCUACUCUUCCACACAUCUUUCCCCAACUGAAGUGGUACUACAUAUUGGUCAUCUAUGCUUUUGCACCAACUUUAGCCUUCUGUAAUGCUUACGGAUGUGGAUUAACGGAUUGGUCCCUCGCAUCCACAUAUGGAAAACUUGCCAUUUUCACAAUUGGGGCAUGGGCUGGAGCCGCACAUGGUGGAGUUUUAGCAGGGUUAGCAGCAUGUGGAGUCAUGAUGAACAUUGUCUCAACAGCCUCAGACCUGAUGCAAGAUUUCAAGACAGGCUAUCUAACUCUGGCUUCACCUAAAUCCAUGUUUGUCAGUCAAGUCAUCGGCACAGCAAUGGGUUGUGUAAUCUCUCCAUGCGUCUUUUGGCUCUUCUACAAGGCUUUUGAUGACCUCGGCCUUCCUGGCAGUCAAUAUCCCGCUCCCUUUGCUGUUGUGUACCGUAACAUGGCUAUAUUGGGGGUAGAGGGUUUCUCAAGUCUACCAAAGAAUUGCCUUAAGCUUUGUUACAUCUUCUUCUGUGGAGCUAUUCUGAUCAACAUAUUCAAGGAUGUAAUGGAGCGGAAAUGCAAGAAAUUUGCAAAGUUCAUUCCACUUCCAAUGGCAAUGGCUAUACCGUUCUAUAUCGGGCCAUAUUUUGCCAUUGAUAUGUGUGUUGGAAGCUUGAUUUUGUACGUUUGGGGAAGGAUAAACAAGGCCAAGGCAGAUGCUUUUGCACCAGCUGUAGCUUCUGGUUUAAUUUGUGGGGAUGGAAUAUGGACUUUGCCGAGCUCGAUACUUGCUCUUGCAGGGGUUAAAGCACCAAUUUGUAUGAGGUUCUUCUCUAGGGCAACCAACACCAGGAUUGAUAACUUCUUGGGAUCCUAGUCAUAAGAGCCUCAUACAUGGACUUGCUUGUUGGUGCAUCAAUGGACAUUUAAAUAUCCUUCCACAGUAUUUUAUUCCUGCUUUCCCUCUUCCUCCCGUGUUAUAAAAUACUGAAGUGAUCUGUAGAUUAACAUUUUCCACCUUAUCAGUAACACCUCUGUUCAAUAU